AUGACCAGUCAGACCAGUCUAUAUUAUUCCCAGUCACUAAUUGGCGACACCUCAUCCUACUAUCAGAGCUUGUUCCCUGGAGACAUCACUGGGGACAAAGUGUUCCUUGGAGUCAUCACUGGGGACAAAGUGUACCCUGGAGUCAUCACUGGGGACAAAGUGUACCCUGGAGUCAUCACUGGGGACAAAGUGUACCCUGGAGUCAUCACUGGGGACAAAGUGUAUCUUAGAGUCAUCACUGGGGACAAAGUGUUCCCUGGAGACAUCACUGGGGACAAAGUGUUCCUUGGAGACAUCACUGGGGACAAAGUGUUCCUUGGAGUUAUCACUGGGGACAAAGUGUUCCCUGGAGACAUCACUGGGGACAAAGUGUUCCUUGGAGUCAUCACUGGGGACAAAGUGUACCCUGGAGACAUCACUGGGGACAAAGUGUAUCUUAGAGUCAUCACUGGGGACAAAGUGUUCCCUGGAGACAUCACUGGGGACAAAGUGUUCCUUGGAGACAUCACUGGGGACAAAGUGUACCCUGGAGUCAUCACUGGGGACAAAGUGUACCCUGGAGUCAUCACUGGGGACAAAGUGUACCCUGGAGUCAUCACUGGGGACAAAGUGUACCCUGGAGUCAUCACUGGGGACAAAGUGUACCCUGGAGUCAUCACUGGGGACAAAGUGUACCCUGGAGUCAUCACUGGGGACAAAGUGUUCCUUGGAGUCAUCACUGGGGACAAAGUGUACCCUGGAGUCAUCACUGGGGACAAAGUGUACCCUGGAGUCAUCACUGGGGACAAAGUGUACCCUGGAUUCAUCACUGGGGACAAAGUGUUCCUUGGAGUCAUCACUGGGGACAAAGUGUUCCUUGGAGUCAUCACUGGGGACAAAGUGUACCUUAGAAACAUCACUGGGAACAAAGUGUACCAUGGAGACAACACUGGGAACAAAGUGUACCUUAGAAACAUCACUGGGAACAAAGUGUACCAUGGAGACAUCACUGGGAACAAAGUGUACCUUAGAAACAUCACUGGGAACAAAGUGUACCUUAGAAACAUCACUGGGAACAAAGUGUACCCUGGAGACAUCACUGGGGACAAAGUGUACCCUGGAGACAUCACUGGGAACAAAGUGCACCUUAGAAACAUCACUGGGGACAAAGUGCACCCUGGAGACAUCACUGGGAAUAAAGUGCACCUUAGAAACAUCACUGGGGACAAAGUGUACCAUGGAGACAUCACUGGGACAAACCUCUAA